AUGACUGGAAGGGCAGCAUUUAGCGCGAGAAAAUUUGCCACUUCAAAUGCCGGUAAUCGUGGUUCUGGGUCUGAUCUAAGGAAUCCAACAAGCUCUGAAGGUUCCAAAAUUAGUGAAAAUAAAUUCACAAACACUGCUACUGAAUUGACCAGAAACUCAAAAUACGUCGUUUCCAAACUUGCUGCUUCUCCUUUGGCUCUCUUCGGAUCAAAUACUACAGAUAUAAAAGGACAAAUUGAUGAACAUACUGGACAUGGGUUAUUAGCUUCUGAUGAAUUGAUACAUAUUUGGAAAUACGAUUCACCAGAUAGCAUACCGAAUACAAUUCAAAUACCUGUAAUUCCACCAAAUAAUGGGUUUGCACCACUUGCUGUUCUUGUUUCUCCAGCCGCUGGUAGCUCAGAACCGGGUCUUGUUUCAAUCAAUUCACAUACAGGUUAUAUAAGAUUUUAUGAAAACGUCGGAGAAGCUUCAUCGUUUGGUCUAUUACACCAUUUCAAAGGUAUUGAAUUUCAAUUGUCACUAUAUGAUCAUGAAAGUAUUCAAAUAGCUGAAAAUGUUGAACCUGCAGGUAUAAUCUUAACAACAUCAACGGGUAGAGUAAUUUUAUUAUCUUUAAGAAAUUCAGCUGGUAAACCAUUCAUUUCAUCUUCAGAGAUUGUUCACAGACAAACUGGAUUUUUCAGUACUUCAUUAGCAUCAUAUAAACAUAUUGUCUCCAUAAAUGCAGCUGCAAUCUUGGGUCAUGGUGAAAGAGUGAUGACUACAAUUACAAGAGGUGGUGAUUUUCAAGUUUGGUCAUGUGCUAGGGAUGGUCAAUCAAAACAAGUAUACCAGAAUGAUCUACUACCAACAUUGGUUGAUCACGUUAAGGACUUAUAUCCAGCUGCUGUCAAUUCAUUGGAAAUUUUAGAUAUGACAAUAUUGCCAAAUUUUAAAGAUCAAGAUGCUUUUUUGGUUCUCACAAGUUUUUCAAAUGGAUCUAAUGAGACAUUUUAUCUUUUAUUUACCAUACGAAAAGAUAUUGAUCAAUUACUUAUCGUUUCUGCUUACAAAUUGAAUACAUUUACAUCACCAUACAACAAACAACCAAGAUUAUAUGUUCCAGCUCCAGGCACAACUGGGUUUAUUCUUUUUGAUAAUUCUGUUGUAUUAUCAGAGCUUGUCCAAAAACUUGAUCAUACUUCUAGUUUGAAGAAAAGAUGGGAAGAUAUAGUUACUUUCAAAAGUGAUAUAGGAUUUAUUGGUGCUGGUCCUGAAGAUCAAGUAAUUACAGAUGGUUCUGUUUCUAAGUUAUCAUCAUUGAAUGUUAUUGCAGCAAGAACUGGUAUUUUAAAGAUUGAUAGAUUACAAACUGUCGAAGAGCCUGAUGAGAAUCCAAUUGAAGAAGGUUCUUACUUAAAAUCACAUGUGGAACAAGCAAUCUUCUAUGGGGGAAAUACACAAAAUCCAAUCAAAUUUGAUUUUUCCGAUGAAAUCAACAUUGAUUCUCAAAGGAUUGAAAAUGAUCUUCUACAAGUCAGUGAAGAAAUUUUGAACUCAAAAUCAAGUUAUUUACCACCAAGAUUGUCUUCUCUACAAGAUCAUUUAGAUUUAAGAAAGAGAAAUCUUGAAAAAUUGCUAAGAUAUACGGCUUUCAAUUUUAAUGAUAUAAUUGAUGAUAGGGUUAAGUUCCAAUUGAUCGCUUCUCUUGAGAAAGCUACUGCUGCUAAAAACUUUCACCAAGUUGUCUCAUCAUACCAGUUUAAUGAAAAGCUUUCAAAUAUUAUCAAUAAGUCAUUUUCAACUGGAUUUGACGAAUUGUUACUACAUCAUUUGGAUCAGAUCAAUUCUGUUGUAUCUGAUAUAUUGAAACAGACAUCUAAGGUUACUGGAUUAGAAAUCAUUGCUGCUGAAAUUGCUGCUGGUGUUUACUAUAGUGUUUUAGAAGCAGAGAAAGAAUAUAGAUACGAUCUAUUCAACUUAGAUUUGUCAAAGAGCGGUCUUGUUGAACCAUGGUAUACUACUGAUUCUAUUGCUGUUCAUAUUGAUGAAGCCUUCACAAAACUCAUACCAGUUUCCAAAGAUGCUUCAGAUACUGAUACAUCAAAAAGAUUAAUUACAUUGACUGAAAUUUUGUUUUACAAUUACCAACAAAAAAUAUCAUGGUUAGAAGCACAAUCACCAAAGACAAAAGCUAUUAAAGACACACUUUCUAAUGAUCAAAAUAUAUAUCAAGCAAGAUCAGGUGUAUGGACUAAGAGUUUGAUUUUAGUUGGCGCCAAAACUGAAGCAUUGGCUAUUGCAGAAACCUAUAAUGAUUUGAAGUCACUCGUUGAAAUAUCAGAAGAUGAUCGUGAAAACACUAAGGACGAAGAAUUGAAUCAUGUUUUGUUGAGAUUUGAUCAUUAUUUCCACAAAUUUGGUUACGAAUUUGCACAAACUUUGUACAACUAUUAUAUUUCAUCAGGUAAAUAUCAAGUUUUAUUACUAUCAUUCCAACAAUACGCAGAAUUCUUGCAAAGAUUUUUCACUGAAAAUGAUCAUGGUGAGAUCUCCUGGAUCAGAGAUAUCUUAGAUGGUGACUUCGCAAAAGCUUCAAGUGUUCUUUAUGAUGUGAGUCAGACAAAUGAUGAAUCUCAAGGAAAGAGACAUUUACAAUUAAGUAUCGCUAAAUUGGGAGCAUUAGCUGCAAUCGGUGAUGAAGGAAGAAAUAAUCAUAAUGAUGUAUUAUUAGAUGAUAUUCAACAACAGUUAGAUUAUGUGGAAGUUCAAAACAUUGCAAUUACACAACUUUCAGAAUUUAUGAGAUCCGAUAGUGAUCCAUCUGCUCAAAUUGACUCAAUCUCCAGAGAAGUUCUUAAACCUUUUUAUAAAGACCAACAAUUCACCAUUAUUGAAGAUUCAUUCAAAAGGGCUUUAGGAAGGUUGUUAUCAAAUAAAUCAUUAUCUGUUUCAGAGUUGGUGGAUAUUUUUACACUUUUGAGUACCAAUGAUGAUAACAAAGCAAAUCAUUUCUAUGCUUUGAAGCUCUUACAUUUAUCAAACUUAUCAAAUGAUGAAAAAUUGCUGUCUGAAAAACUUGUUUGGAAGAGGGCACUAUUAAGUGACGAUUGGGAACACAUUUUAAACUUGACUCAUAAGACAGAUGACUUUAUCAAAGAAAAAGCUGAAGAAACCGUGUUGUUUGUGACUCUUGAAAAAUUGUUCCAAGAUAAACUUUAUUUGCCUAAUGCAGGUUAUAGUGUCUCUUUACCAAAUAUAGAUGAACUACUCAAAGAUGUUGAUGAUCAAGCCUUACUUUCAAGAUUUAAAUAUAUUGGUGGCAAUGAAGUAUUUAAAUUACAUCAAGAAUUCUCUCAUGAAAAUGAAGUCAUUCAAAACUUGAGGGCAUUGGGUAUCGAAAAAUGGAUCAAAGCUUUGAUAGGUACAUCUCAUGAAAGAAGUGGGGCUUUGGAAGUUGUUAACUACAAUACAUUAACCAUUGAAAGUAACGAAUAA